AUCCCUAGCAACCCCAAACCCCUUCUGCUCUUCUGCUUCUCCUUCCUUUCCCUCUUCAAGAACCCGAGUCCCUGCGAAUACCCACGAGUCGAAACCUCUGUUAAGACCAGAACUCCGAGCUCGCCCACGAUCUUAUAGCCGGAAAAGUGAGAAAAGGAGUGAUCUUUUUGCCCCACCCUAAGAACCCAAGUCCCUGCGAAUACCCACCAGUCGAAACCUCCAUUGAAACCAAAACUCCAAGCUCUCCCAUGAUCGUAUAGCGGGAAAAGUGAGAAAAGGAGUGAUCUUUUUGCCCACCCCACGCCAUGUUCACGUCACGCUUUGCCCUCACUCUCUCUCUGUUACUCACCCUCCCCCUCUUGCUCUUCUUCUUCUUCCCCGCCAUUUACCCCCACAAGAACCUCCCCGGCCGCGACGAGCUCGAUGACCUCGCCCUCUUCCGCCGCGCCUCCGCCGCCCGCUCCCCCUCCCGCGCCUUCCCCUUGAGCCGUGGCGCCGCCUCCUCCUCCGCCCGCUCCUUCCCGGCGAAGUUCGCCCGCCUCGGGUCCCGCACCUCCCGGCCCAAGAUCGCCUUCCUCUUUCUCACCAACUCCGAUCUCUACUUCUCUCCCCUCUGGGAGGAGUUCUUCAGCGGCCACUCGAGAUUCUACAACAUUUACAUACACGCCGAUCCUUCUUCCAAGUUUGCGCCGCCUGAUGGGGUUUUCCGGAACCGGCUAAUCCCUUCGAAGAAGACCGAGCGGGCUUCUCCGACACUGAUUGCCGCUGCGAGGAGGCUUCUUGCCGACGCCAUCCUCGACGACCCGGCCAACUUCUACUUCGCAUUGGUCUCGCAGCACUGUGUGCCGCUCCAUUCCUUUCGGUACAUGUAUAACGCCCUGUUUGGGAACUCAAUCUCCGCCUUCAAUGCCUAUAUAGACCCUGGCAAGUACAAGAGCUAUAUAGAGAUCCUAUCUGACGAGCCGAAUUUGUACGAGCGCUACACGGCUCGAGGAGAGGACGUGAUGCUCCCAGAAGUGGCGUUCGAGCAGUUCAGGGUUGGUUCUCAGUUCUUCAUGCUGGCGAAGCGGCACGCGUCGCUUGUCCUUGAAGAUAGGAAGCUGUGGAGAAAGUUCAGGUUGCCUUGCUUGAAUAAGGAGUGUUGCUACCCCGAAGAGCACUAUUUCCCGACGCUGUUGUCAAUGUCGGAUCCAAAGGGUUGCAGUCACUACACACUGACUAGAGUGAAUUGGACCGGGAGCUUCGAUGGGCAUCCACAUUUGUAUCAGCCAGAAGAAAUUUCCCCGGAGCUCGUGCACGAGUUAAGACAAUCCGAGUCGAAUUAUUCUUACUUCUUCGCACGAAAGUUCUCGCCGGAGUGUUUAGAACCGCUCAUGAAGAUUGCGGACAACGUCCUCUUCAAGGAUUGAACUUUGAAGUGUUCAAGAAAGGAAUCUCUUUUUUGAAGUGUUGGCUUCUCGGAGAAGAAUUGAAUAAAAGGGAGAAAGAAGAAGGGAAUCUUUUGACUUCGAAGGAGGACAAAAGAGGCCUGCAGAUGCUGGAUCAUGGGGAGGGAAUAACAAGGUCCCUGACCCUAUGGUUGCUGCUUGCUGCUGCUGCUGCUGCUGUACUGUGAUGUAGGGAGUGAACCCAAGUCAAGUUGCACAUAAGAGUGUGAAUGAGUGAGUAAGGUGUAAUGGACGGCGGGUAUGGUGUGGAGUGGAGGAAAAGCAAUACCAAGGCUCGUUGCUUUCCCUUCUCCAUCUUGAAGUUGAAGAUGUAAACUUUCAUUCUCCCAUCUACCCCCCUUCAAACUGUGACUUUAGUUGUAAUCUAUGAUUCGCUUUUUACUUUUGUUUUAGGAAAUCAUAUCCUUUCUCUCUUUGAUUUGUUGCU